AUGGCAAAAUAUCAGAGAAGGUCUUUCGCCAUACGUCUAUCAAUACUGAUUCUAUAUGUCGCUUAUUUUUCUUUGAAACCGGCAUUAUUUAGGCCUUCUGUUAAUAUCUCGCUACUUCAUUCUGUUCCUCUCCAACUUUAUCUCUCUCGCUACCACUCCUCUCUCUCUCUCAUACCUACCGCUCCUCUCUCUCUCUCUACCUACCCAACUCCUCUCUCUCUCGCUACCCUCCUCUCUCUCUCUCCCACCUACCGCUCUCUCUCUCUCUCCACCCACCGCUCCUCUCUCUCUCUCAACCUACCGCCCUCUCUCUCUCUCUCUCCACCUACCGCUCCUCUCUCUCUCUCUCUCCACCUACCGCUCUCUCUCUCUCUCUCGCUACCUACCGCUCCUCUCUCUCUCUCGCUACCUACCGCUCCUCUCUCUCUCUCGCUACCUACCGCUCCUCUCUCUCUCUCACCACCUACCGCUCCUCUCUUUCUCUCUCUCCUCUUCAAUCACUUCUCUCCCCACUUUCUUAUCCGAGUCUCUCCCAUCGAUUCCUCCACUCUGAGUCUCUCCUAUCGAUUCCCUUUGCCCUCUCUUUCUCUCUACUUUGCCCUCUGCUCACCAUCUCUCUCUCUUUGCUCCCUACUUUUUAUAUAUUCGCUUUAUCUAAAUAAACGUGUCUUAUCACUCAAGGAAAACCCUUUUUAA